AUUAAAGGCGCCAGGUGGGAUCACGGAUACAAGGCACGUGUCGUGCCAAAUUGACAUCUAUCGACUCACUGAUUGCUGCUCGGAGUGACGAGGAAGUGGCGGAGAGUACGCAGCGACGAGGUUGAGAAAGUCAAUCAGUUCUUCGCUCCCCACCUUCCGAGAGUCUCGAGAAGUCGAACUGGACAGUCCAUCAGUAGACAGUCCACUUGAGCAACUUAAGCUCGAUUCAGCAGCUGUUAAGCAGACUGGUCAUCCGGCGAUCGGACGUCCCCGUGGAAGUCGAGAAAACGCGAAAGAACUAGCACUAAGACAUCACAUCAGGUUAUCUCGAAAUUCGGUAUCACUGAUUGGCUUUUGCUGGAGGAAAGGAGGAGGUCGGAGAUCGGGCAGGCCAGGGCAAGCGAAGCAGAUCGGAGGCGAAACGAUCGCAAGCGAAGGGAAGGGAAGGGAAGGGAAGAGAAGUAAGGAGCGAUGGAUGUGGCGCUGGCGAUAGAGCACCAGACGGGGUUUGCAUUGGACCUGUACAAGGAAGUGGCGGGGAAGAAUGCAGAGGCUAGUGGGAAUUCGUUGAUGUCACCGAUCAGCAUCGCCACGGCGCUGGCCAUGGCUGGCGCCGGAGCCAAAGGGGCGACGCUCCAAGAGAUCCAAGCGUGCUUGAAGCUCCCCGAGGGCGAGGUGAUGCAUCAGUUCACCUCCCAGAUCCAGGGCGCCAUUCUCAAGGACGGGAGCGACAAGGGCGGCCCGAUGCUGUCCUUCACCAACGGCCUCUGGGUCGACCACAGCUUGACUUUGAAAUCCUCGUUCAAGGACCUCGUCAAGGGCAGCUACGGAACGGAAGCCAGAACAGCAAAUUUCGCCGACAAGGCAGAAGAAGAGCGGAAGGGUAUCAACCAGUGGGUGUUGGACCAGACGAAGGGGAAAAUUGAGGAUUUGUUGCCUGAGGGAUCAGUGAACGAGAAAACGGCGAUGGUCUUGGCAAAUUCGCUCUACUUCAAGGGAACGUGGAAGAAGCAAUUCGAUCCGGCGGACACGAAAAACGACGAUUUUCAUUUGCUGGACGGGAAGACGGUGAGCGUGCCUUUCAUGACCAGCAGCUCUAAGCAAUUUGUCAGAAGGUACGACACCUACACGGUUCUGAAGGUCCCCUACCUCCAAGGCGAGGACCAGAGGUCGUUUUCCUUGUUCUUCGUGCUUCCCGAUGCGAAAGAUGGUCUGCCACAACUGGAGAAAGAUCUGGACGCCAAGACACUGUCAACGCACCUGAGGUGGACGAGUCGGGAGAUUAAGAUGGGAGAGCUUCGGAUUCCCAAGUUCAAAAUUUCUGCAGCCAUCCCUAUCCCGGAAGCACUUCAAGCGCUAGGAUUAAAGGCGCCUUUUUCCACUGCAGCUGAUUUCUCCGACAUGGUGGAGGGCCCCAACGCCAAUUUGCUAUUUCUAUCGGAUGUGUUCCACAAAUGUUUCAUCGAGGUGAACGAGGAGGGUACGGAGGCCGCUGCUGCCUCCGCUGCGACGAUGAUGCUAAAAUCUAUAACAAUUAUGGAACCCCCCAUUGACUUUGUGGCCGAUCAUCCUUUCUUAUUCAUUCUGAAGGAGGAGGUGACAGGAGUGAUUCUGUUUAUCGGCCGGAUCACAGACCCCUCGCGAUCGGAGUAGUCUACUAUGUGAAGAGUGUUGUGCAAGAAUCCUCUUGACACUGUAAAGUUUGUUCUCUGAAAGAUGGGAAGUGAGUGCACGAAAACCGGAACUCAACAGGGACAUGUGGCAGCCUUGGGACUCUCGGACAAAGCAUUCGCGCUUUCCAUGGAGAUUUUCAGUCCUGUCCGAUGUCGUGAAAAUUUGCCGUUUGCAGAAAAGAAGAAGCAUACUUCUCAGCGGCUUGUUGUAAGCAGUUUUCCCUAUCGCAGGUGCUUGCCGCCUGUGGCGAACUCUAGCCCGGCAUUGGCUUUUCCUCAGAUGUAGAUGUAGACUGUCGAAAAGGCACCACCACCGACAUUGUUGCAUUUCAUACAAUACAUAACUAGACUUAAUUGCGGAACAGAGGUGUGGGCUUUUGUAAACUAGCAAUGUGAUGGCUGAAGAUAAGUUCGCCAGCCUGUUUCACCUCGUUACGUUCUGUAACUUAUUGGAGCGGCAUGAGAUUUUCAUAAAGUAGUAGUUUCCUUGGUACGCUUGACCCUCGGAUGGCAUUGUGACCGCUGCCAAUUUUUCUCGAGUAGUCAUCUGUGUUAAGUAGCAGACAGUCACUCUCCGAAAUCUGCCCUCGUCUUGCCCUCACGGCAGAGAGUGAUAAGGUACUUCUGCACGAAUCCUUUUGUUGAAAGAGGAUCACACUUGUCUGUUUGCUCCGUCAUCACGGCUCUACCUGCUGCAACAGCG